UAAUUAAGAAAAAGGAAAAAGAAAAAAAAAAAAAAAGGAAAGAAGGAACACAUAGACGACAGCGUUUCUUAGUGGACAAUCAGUUACCUAGUCCAUAUUUUAGUUGGUUUUAGCUCCGCGCAUAAGCAGGGGAGGGUUUCGUGUCUAAGAUAAUGGCAGGACCUGGAAGUUCCAUGCUUUAUUCCUUCCUUUUGUUCACUGUCAUUCUUUCCCUUCAAGAGAUGUAUCGGGGAAAGCUAGCGUCAACAGAGUUAUUUACCAUACUUGGAGGCUUCAUUAGCUCUCUCCUAUUUCUUGUGCUGCUAACAUUCAUUGGGAAUUUCCAAGAAACAUGUGGCAUGAAGACUGGGUGGGGUACAGUUGUAUUGGCAGAAGCUGUUGCUCUGAUUGCAGCUGGCACUGUUCAUCGAGUUUGCAUCACAACAUGUUUCUUGUUCUCAGUGGGACUAUUGUAUGAGGUCAACAAGCUUUCUGGGAUGAUACUUUCUAAAAGUGAAUCUAAAACAAGGCGACACUAGGGGGAUUGGGGAUGCCAUAAUUGCUUUCUAAUGUGAUGACCUGCUCAUCUCAAGUAUUAUCCUCUUAUCAUGCUUUGUCAAGUGAUUGUGAGAUUUAUUGGAUCCAACUUUGAAACUAGUCACUUGUAGGGUACCCAUAAGAUAGAUGAAACUUAUUUUCCAAAAAAAGGUAAUCUUUUGUUAUAAUGCUUUUGCUGCUGAAACAAUUUCUGCUUCUGCUGUUCAGUUUGUGUGCAAGGGGGUUUUUUUAUAUGGUAACCUUAUAGCAUUGAUUUAA